AUGGCAGUCCGUGAGUGUCACACAUGCACAGAUACGUUAGAAAGUAUUAUUUGGUUUUGUCAAACACUUGGAUUACUACCGUAUAAUCCAAUAACAAAAUGCUCUAAUGGUCAUAAUAACUGGUGUAUGGGACAAUCAUCAAGAGCUAACGGCAAAUAUAAGUGGCGUUGUCGUGAAAAAGAUUGUAAAUUAACUCGAUCAAUUCGUGAUGGCACAUUUUUCUCGGGAUCAAAAUUAGAAAUACAACAAGUGUUGGACUUAAUGUUUUAUUGGCCACAAGGCGUUGAUACUCAUGACUUGAUACUCAUGACUUUCUUUGACGACAUUGCAAAUUUGCUGGUUUAA